GGCGGCGGAGCGAGAGGGACGCCAGAAGCCCGGCGAGCAGCGACGCGAGGCCGGGCCCGCCGAGCCCGCCGGCCGCCAGGCGCCGCCUCCCGUCUUCCGCCCCCGGUACCUCGGGGGGUUCCGGGCGCGGGGGACGCGCGGGGGCCCCCAUGGAGACAGCGUCGCCGGCGGGACCCGGCGCCCCGCAGCCGGCUGCGCGGGGAGCGGAGGGAGCGUCCCGGAGCCUGCUGCGCAGGAUAAAAGACAAACUCUUCACCUGGAAUAUUUUGAAAACAAUUGCUCUGGGUCAGAUGUUGUCCCUGUGUAUAUGUGGAACGGCCAUCACCAGCCAGUACUUGGCAGAAAGAUACAAAGUAAACACUCCCAUGCUCCAGAGCUUCAUCAACUAUUGCUUACUGUGCCUGGUGUACACGGUGAUGCUGGCAUUUCAGUCAGGCAGUGAUAACCUUUUAAUAAUCUUGAAAAGAAAGUGGUGGAAGUACAUUUUGCUGGCCUUGGCAGAUGUGGAAGCUAAUUACCUGAUGGUCAGAGCCUACCAGUACACAACGUUAACCAGUGUGCAGCUUCUGGAUUGCUUUGGGAUUCCUGUGUUGAUGGCUCUCUCGUGGUUCAUUCUUCAUGCGCGAUACCGAGUCACCCACUUCAUCGCUGUGGCUGUCUGUCUGUUGGGUGUAGGAACCAUGGUUGGUGCAGACAUAUUAGCAGGGAGGCAAGACAGUUCAGGCAGUGACGUACUGAUUGGUGACAUCUUGGUCCUUCUUGGGGCUUCCCUCUACGGCAUUUCUAAUGUCUGUGAAGAAUACAUCGUGAAGAAGCUGAGCAGACAGGAGUUUUUGGGAAUGGUGGGCGUAUUUGGAACAAUUAUCAGUGGCAUACAGCUGUUGAUUGUGGAAUACAAGGAUAUUGCUGGCAUUCACUGGGACUGGAAAAUCGCCUUGCUCUUUGUGGCGUUUGCCCUCUGUAUGUUUUGCCUAUACAGCUUCAUGCCACUGGUGAUUAAAGUCACCAGUGCCACCUCUGUCAACCUGGGCAUCCUGACAGCUGACCUGUACAGCCUUUUCUUUGGACUCUUCCUGUUUGGCUACAAGUUUUCGGGGCUCUACAUCCUGUCCUUCAGCAUCAUCAUGCUGGGGUUUAUCCUGUACUGCUCCACCCCGACCCGCACGGCGGAGCCGGCCGAAAGCACCGUGCCUGCGGUCACCUGCAUUGGGAUCGACAACCUGGGCCUGAAGCUGGAGGAGAACCUCCAGGAGACCCACUCUGUGGCCUUGUAGCUGGAGAAGACAGCGCUAACCGGGCCGCUGGGACGGAGCAGAGUCUGCUGACCAUCGCUGAGGGACACGGGGAAAUAUCCGACUGGGAGUGAACACCUGCGUCAAUGGACUGGAUGCGCUGGGUAGACUUUGGAAAGAAACGCUAAACGAUGUAUUCAAAGUAGAAAUGCCGAAAGAGAGCAGAGCCCAGGCUAGGACUGCGUUUCUGUAUGUUUGAGGACCAACACCGUUAGUGUCUGGGAGGUGAGUGUGGGCCCCACGCUGGGGUCCCAGAGGCACAUGUGGGAGAGCAGGGCAGGAGGGAAGCCCAGAGUGAGGGGCCUCAGGACCCGGCUGGGCUCUGUGGGCAGGAGUAGGGCAGGCCGGGCUGGCUCUGGAGUAGCUUUCUUCGGUUUGAGGCUUUGAGUUUUUAACCUGUGUCAUUGUCCACAGGCCUUGUGGCCCUAGGCAUGUGAGGCCUGCUGAUGAUUGCAUAUGGUGGGACAGUGGAGGGGCAGCACUUAAGAAGCCUGAGGUUCAAGUGUGAGUACUACAGGAGCAUUAGGCUGGAGUGCAGUAACUUAGGAACCCUCUCCUAAUUUUUUUUAAAAACAUUUCUCCUCCGUCAUUCAUUCCAGGUUGAUCAAACUCUUCUCUGCUCCCACCGUCUGUGACACUGGGCAUCUUUCCUACAUUUUCAGUCCUAGAUUCUAUUCUCCAGGGUUUCUUAGACUGGAGUAAAUAAAUACAUGUUAUCCUUUCUGGAAAGUUCUCAUGACCCCCUGGAAGAUUCAUCUUA